AUGACUUUCACCAUCAAGCCGCCACCGGGCACUCCAGGCAAGGCUUGGCCUGCCAUUGUCGUCGGCCUCUUUGUUGCAUUUGGUGGUGUUUUGUUUGGAUAUGACACAGGCACCAUCGGAGGCAUCCUUGCCAUGCCAUACUGGCUCAAGACCUUUUCCACAGGCGCCAUCGACGACAAGACAGGCGAGCCCGCCAUUACUGCAUCGCAAUCAUCCUUGAUCGUGUCCUUGCUGUCUGCCGGUACCUUUUGUGGUGCCUUGACCGCUGCGCCCACCGGAGACUUUUUUGGUCGUCGAUGGGGUCUGAUGGUCUCUACGCUGGUUUUCACCUUCGGUGUCAUCCUCCAGACUGCAGCGACCGCCAUCCCACUCUUUGUUGCUGGCCGCUUUUUCGCGGGAUAUGGUGUCGGCAUGAUUAGCUGUCUCAUCCCACUCUACCAGUCCGAAACAGCGCCCAAAUGGAUUCGUGGAACCAUCGUCGGAGCAUAUCAGUGGGCCAUCACAAUCGGUUUACUCCUCGCAGCCAUAGUCGACAACUCCACCAAAGACCGCAAUGACUCUGGCUCCUACCGCAUCCCCAUCGCAGUACAAUUCGCCUGGGCCAUCAUCCUCUUCGGUGGCAUGCUGCUACUUCCCGAAACACCACGCAUGUGGAUCAAGCGUGGUCAACCCGAGAAAGCAGCCCAGUCACUCUCCAUGCUGCGUAGACUGGAUAUCAACGAUCCCUCACUCGUCGAGGAGCUUGCAGAAAUCACUGCGAAUCACGAAUAUGAACUUUCUCUCGGAGAGGCGACAUAUCUGGACUGUUUCAAAGGAAAUUUAGGCAAACGUCUUGCUACAGGAUGUGGAUUGCAGGCAUUGCAGCAAUUGACUGGUGUGAAUUUUAUCUUUUACUAUGGAACAUCUUUUUUUAAGAAUUCUGGCAUCACCAACUCCUUCGUCGUAAGCAUGAUCACCUGCGGAGUCAACGUCACAUCCACUCUACCCGGUCUAUGGAUGGUAGAGAAAUGGGGCCGACGCAAUCUUCUCUUAUUCGGAGCCGUCGGCAUGGCAGUCAGUCAAUUCAUCGUGGCAGGAGUAGGAACAGGAGCAGGAAUUGAAAAUCUCGCCGCUCAAAAAGCUUUGAUUGCUUUUGUUUGUAUUUAUAUUUUCUUUUUUGCGUGUAGUUGGGGUCCUGUUGCUUGGAUUGUUACGGGCGAAAUCUUCCCCCUCAAAGUCCGCGCCAAAUCCCUCUCCAUGACAACAGCAUCCAACUGGCUCCUCAACUGGGCAAUAGCCUACUCAACGCCCUACAUGGUAAACUCCGGUCCCGGAAACGCCAACCUCCAAAGCAAAGUAUUCUUCGUCUGGGGCUCCUUCUGCUUCGUCUGCAUAUUUUUCGUGUGGGCCAUGAUUUACGAAACCAAGGGUCUGUCGCUGGAACAAGUGGAUGAAAUGUAUGAGAAAGUGAAUCGUGCUUGGAAUUCUCCGGGGUUUGUUCCCACGGUGAGCUUUAGAGAGGAGGUGAGGGGUUUGGGGAGUAUUUCUGGUGCUGCUGGGAAGGGGGAGGGGGAGGGGGAGAAGGGGAGUGAGGAGGAGCAGGAGGAGGUGCUGGGGAAGCAAGGGGAGGUGGUGAAGUCGGAGUUUAAGUAG